AGUCUUCAAGAUGAAUUCAACACGUACACAACUCUUCGCCGCCAUGUUCUUGCUCUUCUUGGCUGUGGUCAACUGUCAGUUGACCUUCUCGCCAGACUGGGGCAAGCGUUCGGUGGGCGGCAGCGUGGGUGGCGGCGCAGCUGGCUUCUUCGACACACAGCCCAGCGGCAAUUGCAAGACUUCCAAUGAGAUGCUGCUCGAAAUAUUCCGCUUUGUUCAGGCAGAGGCGCAACUUUUCCUGGACUGCAAGCAUCGCGAGUAGAAGUCACGGCAUUAAUCACCACAUAAAUACUCAAUACUUUUAAUAUAUACAUAUGUGUAAUUGUUUUUGCAUUUUUUAUUUGGGGUAGUCGGCAUUAGUUUGGAUGAAAUCCGCCUUUCAAUACUUCAAAUGCUUAUU